UUACAUAGAACUUCAAUUCAAUUCAAUGUUGCGUUUCACAGAUAGCUGUUGGGCACGAUUACCAGGAUCAUUCGCCCAUACAUAGAACUUCUGCGUUUUCAAUGUUUUCAAUGUCAGUCAGUUGUUGCCAGACAAAUUCGUCGUAAAUUGUCAAACAUAUUGUUCAAAAUUGAGUUUUCCUGUGUCGUGGUCUCCCCACUUUCGAUCAAAAUUACCAAGUGUCGCGGUCUACCUACCUUAAAAACCCAAAAUGGACAAAAAUACCUUUUUAACGACGCACAGGGAUAGCCACAAAUGGCCGUACCCGAAGCCAUUGGUUCCAGUACCAGCUGAGCCUCCAAUAAAAACGAAACCGAGUAAUUUCUACGUGGCCAAACUGAUCGAACCGUACUGCCAUUGCGACUACCACCUGUACGAACCGGAAAUGGGCAGAUAUAAAAAACUGGCCGAAAAAGAAACCAAACUGAACGAAGAACUGGCAAAGCUGAAGCAAAGAAUGGCGGUGCUGGUGAGCGAUAUUCUAGAACAUCCUUGCGACAGUUUGGACGAAAAGAUGAAAACCAUCUACCAGACCGAUUACGCUAAAAGAGGCCUCCACGUCGCUCAGUACAGAAAACUGAUGCCAGCAAUAGAAUCUCCAGUGGGUAUUCCAGUGAAGAGCGAGACCAUCGGCCUGGGUAUGGGCUACAGGGAUCCCACUAGAUUCAGGCACACCCAAAUUCCGACCGCGCUAGUGGAUGUUUGUCCAAAAAGCACCUACUCCAGAACUCCUACCUUGAGCGAUCGGUGGUUCUUUCAACGAACCGGCACCACAGAAUACAACGAUUCGUACAGUAAAGCGGGGUUGGAUAUCCUCAGAAGCAGUCAACAGUACGCAGAACCCUUACCGUCGUCUAGAAGGGCCAUUAGCUCAUGUCCUUGAGCUGUAUUCUGUAUAGAGUAUAUGAAGCAUAUUUUUGUAAUACUUCUGUUUUAGUCAC